AUGUUCAAGGCAUACAUCGGGGGGCCCAUCUAUGCGGCACUUGGUAACCACGACUCAGUCCCAACCAACCUCGAAAGUCCUCACUCCAUCGACCGCAACGGGCCUCUCGGCCAACAGUUCUCCUGGCACUACGAUCAUAUCUCCAAGCUCUGGGAGCACUAUGGUUGGAUCGACAAUGCUACUCAGACCCAAGCUUCUUUGCAUUACGGCGGCUACUCUAUUGGCCAUCCGCUGGGCUUGAGGAUUAUUACAAUCAACACCGAUUUUUGGUACCAAGCCAAUAUUUUUGCAUUUCUACAUGCUGACAACCCAGACUACUCGGGAAUUUUCUCCUUUCUCGUCGAAGAGCUUCAGAAAGCUGAGGACGAAGGCCAACGGGUAUGGAUCAUGGGCCAUGUGCCCACCGGCUGGCAGGGCCAAAAUGCUCUCCCUGGGGGGUCGGAUGCUUUCUAUCAAAUCAUUGAGCGAUACUCUCCGCAUGUAAUUGCUAACGUGUUUUUCGGUCACACCCAUGAAGGCACUAACAAUGGAACUUUACAAACAGCAUAUGAUGCUCUUGUUGCGGCAUGGACCGGCCCCUCAUUGACCCCGUUAACCAACCUGAACUCGGGUUACCGCCUGUACGAAGUCGACACUGGCACAUGGGAAAUAUUCGAAGCCUACACUUACUACGCUGACGUCAACACCUUCACUACUCUCAAUGGUACAGGGCCGGUCUUCCAACUCGAAUACUCUACACGCGAGGCCUACAGUCCAGCGGCAGACUGGCCCGAGGGCGAACCUCUAAACGCCACGUUUUGGCAUCGAGUCACAGAAGCCAUGGAAAAGGACAAAGGGCUGGUCAGUCUGUUCAACACCUACCAAGGGAAGAGUAGUAUCAGGAGUCCAAACUGUACAAGUGAUGCUUGCGCAGCAGGGAAGAUCUGCUACAUAAGGAGUGGCAGCACUGCCUUGGGAAGGGCUUGUCCGCAAGGCUUUGGCAGUGUCCAAAGCCCAUACACCGGCGUCAACUUCUGA